UUCCUAGGCGGCCAUAAAUUUGCCUCCGGCCACCAUCAAACAACAUAAAAUCUCUCACCUCAAAAGGCUCAAUUCCAAGCAGCGCCCCAAAAAAAAAACCAUGGCUACUGUAUUACUCCUCUUCCUCAUCUUCGCCUUCCUACUCUCCAACCCUCCACCAUCCUCAGCCCAACAACAACCACCCCUGAUUCUCUCGUCCUUCAACUUUUCAAACUCCCCAUGGCGACCAAACCAAAACCAGAACCAAAUCCUUCUUUCUCCCAACUCCGUCUUCGCCGCCGGCUUCCGGUCCCAACCCACUUCCCCAGAACUCUACACCUUCUCAGUUUGGUACCACAACGUCUCAGAAAAAACCAUCGUUUGGUCAGCCAAUGGAAAGUCUCCGGUCAACGGCUCGGCCGCCCUUGUCAUCACCGCCUCUGGCCAGCUCCGUCUCAACGACUCCUCGGGCCAGAACUUGUGGCCGUCGAAUGCCUCCGGAAACCCAAACUCCACGCUCAGCCUAAGCAGAUACGGCAAUCUUAUUUACUCAGACUGGCAGAGUUUCAACUUUCCAACAGAUACAAUCUUGCCGAACCAGAAUAUAAAUGGUACCAGCAUAAAAAACGGUAAGUACAGCUUCUCCAACUCCAAGGACCUGGUUUUUAAUUCCACCGAUAGUUAUUGGACUGCCAAUAAAGGUAACGCUUUCCAAAAUCUCAACGAUAGCGGGAAACUGGUCCAGGCGAAUGGAGAUUCUUUCGUUACUGCAGAUCUUGGUGAUAGCCGGUGGCGUAGAUUGACGCUUGACGACGACGGUAAUCUCAGAAUUUACAGUUACGAUCUAGAUGUUGGUCAGUGGGUCGUUGUUUGGAAAGCAAUCCAAGAAAUUUGCAAAAUUUAUGGGACAUGUGGGCCUAAUGCCAUCUGCAUGAGUGAUGGCCUAAACUCUUCUACCUCAUGCGUAUGCCCGCCUGGGUUUAAGGAAAGGUCCAGAGGAGCAAAAGAAGAAGGAUGUGAAAUCAAAAUUUCGAUGAAACUCCCUGCAAAUACCAAGUUUCUUCGGCUCGAUUAUGUCAAUUAUACCAGCGGGGCGAACAAUACGAUUAGCGUUAAUGCUCAGAAUUUUAAGAAUUGUGAAGCUAGAUGCCAUAACAAUACGAAAUGUAUUGGGUUUGGGUUCAAGUAUGAUGGAAAUGGUUAUUGCAAUCUACAAUUGGAACGACUGGUAUACGGGUACUGGUCGCCGGGCACGGAGACCGCCAUGUUUUUGCGAGUAGACAAUUCGGAGACAGACAAAUCAAGCUUCACCGGCAUGACCAAUUUGCUCGAAACGACAUGUCCGGUCAAAAUAAGCCUUCCUCUACCGCCCGAAGAAUCCAAGACCACGACGAGAAACAUAGCGAUAGUGUGCACCCUCUUCGCCUUGGAGCUGAUAACCGGGGUGGGUUUCUUCUGGGGCUUCGUCAAGAAGUACAUCAAGUACAGGGACAUGGCUCAGACUCUGGGCCUCGAGUUCCUUCCAGCCGGCGGACCCAAGCGGUUCACCUUCGCCGAGCUCAAAGCCGCCACCAAUGACUUCUCCAACCUGAUUGGUAAAGGCGGGUUCGGCGAUGUUUACAAAGGCGAGUUGACCGAUCACCGCGUCGUCGCGGUCAAGUGUUUGAAGAAUGUUACCGGCGGCGACCCCGAGUUCUGGGCCGAGGUCACCAUCAUUGCCCGGAUGCACCACCUCAACUUGGUCAGGCUAUGGGGGUUCUGCGCUGAGAAAGGUAAGAGAAUCCUGGUCUACGAGUACGUCCCCAAUGGCUCCCUUGACAAGUACAUCUUUCAACGGGGUCGUGUCAAUUUCACCGAGAGUGACGAGAUGGAAAUGGAUCGGGUUUCAGAUAAAGGGCCGAACCCGAACCCAAUACUCGACUGGAACGUCCGGUACCGGAUUGCCCUGGGAGUGGCGAGAGCGAUUGCAUAUUUGCACGAGGAGUGCUUGGAGUGGGUUCUGCAUUGCGAUAUUAAGCCGGAGAAUAUACUAUUGGGGGAUGACUUUUGCCCCAAGAUAUCGGAUUUCGGAUUGGCGAAGCUAAGGAAGAAGGAGGAUAUGGUAAGCAUGUCUCGGAUGCGGGGGACCCGUGGGUACAUGGCGCCUGAAUGGGUUAAGAUGGAGCCGAUCACCUCCAAGGCCGAUGUGUACAGCUUUGGGAUGGUGUUGUUGGAGAUUGUGACCGGGACAAGGAACUUUGAGAUGCAGGAGUCUACUCAGAACAGCGAGGACUGGUACUUUCCAGGGUGGGCAUUUGAGAAGGUGUUCAAGGAGAUCAAGGUGGAGGACAUUUUGGACCGUCGGAUUAAGCAUAGUUAUGAUAGUCGGGCCCACUUUGGUUUGGUGGAUCGGAUGGUCAAGACGGCGAUGUGGUGCCUCCAAGAUCGACCGGAGAUGAGGCCAUCCAUGGGGAAGGUGGCUAAGAUGCUGGAAGGAACGGUGGAGAUCACAGAGCCACGAAAGCCCACCAUAUUCUUCCUUGGAGAUGACUAGUUUUAUUCAUCCAAGUUUCUCCCUAUCCCUAUCCCUUGUUGUAUUUUAUUUUUAUUUUUUUUUGCGCGGCGAGAUCCAGGGGCUAUAAUAAGUUCCUUGAGGACUAGUUAUGUAUUGUUGAUCUAA